UAGUUGACUAAAUGAGAUUUGCUUGUUUUCUUACAUCCAUGAUCCAUCCUUUUCUUCUUGUCUGCUUUUGAAUUGAUUAGGGUUUGUUGAACAUUCAAAUUCAAAUUCAAAUUGAAGAUCAAAGAUCUCGCAUGCGAUUGAUAUUUCCAUGGUGCCAUUGUUUUCUUUCUCGAUUCUUUCGUAAUCCCUAAUCUAUGAAGAUUAAUCACACGUUUGUGUCUGGUAAUAACAGUCCAAAGUCAUUCCAGGCGUAUAGGAGGGGCGAUUUUGACUUAGAAUCUGGUCUAGUUAAGAAAUCCCGAAAGCAGAAAAAUAGCCCUUUGGGAAGAAUGAUAAAAUCUUUCAGAAAUAAAAUCCAUCAGCUUCACCCACUUUUGCUCUUAUUGAUCUGCUUAUCACUUCUGAUAACACUCUUCAUCGUGUACAACGGCCAGUUUAAAAUGAUGCCUUCUUACAGGGCGGCAUCUGAGGGGAAUGUGGUGGAUAUUUAUCCUUUUGCUAACUUUAAGAAUCUUGUAAUGGUAGCCGGGCAUUCGGUUUACACUAGUAGUGGUUGUGACGACAAGGUUGAUAAAGAGGAUGCUUGGUAUUUGGAAUCUUAUCAGAAACAUCCGGGCCAAGCUGCAACUUUUAUUACUCAUAUACAGAAGGGAGUCGAAAUUGCCGCAAAUGAUGAUGUGGCGUUGCUCUUGUUUAGCGGGGGCGAGACUCGGAAGGAUGCUGGCCCCCGCAGUGAAGCUCAGAGUUAUUGGACUGUCGCUGAAUCCAAACAAUGGUUUGGCAAACGAGAUAGUGUGAGAGGUAGAGCACUGACUGAAGAACAUGCUAGAGAUAGCUUCGAGAAUCUUCUUUUCAGUCUGUGUAGGUUCCGGGAGCUUACUGGCACAUAUCCACACAAUAUAACUGUUGUAGGUUAUGACUUUAAGGAGGAGAGAUUUGUUCAUCUUCACCGCUCGGCAAUUAGAUUUCCGGAGUCGAGUUUCUUCUAUUCGGGCACACCAUCGACUCAGAAUUCAAGGGAAGCAGCAUUGAAAGGCGAAGCAAUGGUGAGAAGUCAAUUCCAAGAAGAUCCGUAUGGUUGUUCUGGUUCAUUGCGCCACAAAAAACUAGGCCGUGAUCCUUUUCAUCGGACAGUCCCUUAUCCUAAUGGAUGCCCAGAAAUUGAAGGUCUAUUCAGAUACUGUGGAGCUGCACCAUAUCCAGGCUUUGUCCCUUGGGCUUGAUAACAUUCUUGAUUUUUUUUUCUAUAAUUAACUUUAUAAUUGUGGGUGAAAUUGAUAGAAUUAUAAGCCCUUUACCCAUCAAAUUGUAAUUAUUGUAACUAUGGAGGAAAAACCUGCAAGAAAAAGAACACAAUCUGUCGAGAAUUGCAAUUGAAGCAGCAACAAAGUUUAAACCGU